GUUGUAAAUAAUCACGAAACUGGUAGAAUUAGAUAACUUGGUUAAUUAAAUAUGGGUGGUAAGCAAGAGUUUCCUUAGAAUAUUUUUUCGAUAUAUAUAGUAUAGAUGAGUUGAGUGACUCGAGUCUCAUGUAUGCAUGGAUCUUGUACAUUUCUAUGUUUAAAAAGGUUCUAAUUAAUAAAGGGUUUUGCUAUACGUCAUUGCCUUUUUAAUAGAGAGUGGAGGCUAAAAAUUUACAAGAUUCGAUAUAAUUAGAAAAAGGAAAUGCCAAAUUUAGCAAAAGGAUGAUUGAAAGAGAGAAGAGAUCACACGAAGCGCGGCCGGCCCUAACUUAUUCCACAAGGAAUUUCAGCAAUAACAACAAAACAAAGGAAUAAUAACAAAAACGCCCAUCACCACCAAUUCUCGUCGUCUGAUUCGAGCACCCAAACGAAUCAGACAAUAUCUGUAGACACUUCAUCCUUUGAUUCGAAUCUCGGUUAAAAAGGAAACCCUAAGGUGCAUUUGAACCCCUUCCUAAACUAAUCUUGAAACCUUAAUACAUCAAAGAGGAUGCUAAUAUCGUGUUCCCUAGGGUUUCUAGAUUUUCAUUGAUCUUUUAUUCAUAGAAUAUGAGCUUUCAUCGCCGGACUUUUUCAUACGAUAAGCUUCCUACCGAACCUAUUACGCUCUCCGUUCUCAAACUAGAUGGCUCUUCCUUCGAUGUUCACGUAACGAGCUCGGCGAGCGUUAAGGAUCUUAAGAAUGCCAUAGAGACUGCCUUUAGCCACGUUCCCAAGAAGGGCCCCUCCAAGAUCUCAUGGCCACACGUGUGGGGGCAUUUCUGCUUGUGUUUUGGGGAUCAGAAGCUGGUCACUGAUACGGAGUGCAUCGGAAGUUAUGGGAUGAAGGACGGUGAUGAGGUAAGGUUCAAGAACCAUGUGUCAGGCAAUGCUGUAUUGAACAAGGGAUACUCUAGAAAAUCCAAACAAAAGAACUCAGAGAGGGUAGGGCCAAAGGAUGAAGAUGAGGAAGCUAAUAGGAUAGAGGAGAUUGAUCAAGGCUCUUGGGAUGAUCUCGAGAAAGGAAGCUUAGUUAGGUACAAAGACGAUGGCUUAGAAACUUCACCAAGGGAACACAGGACUUGUAUGAACACUCUCCGAGGUUGCUGCUUUGCUUUUGGUUUAAAGGAGCUUUUUGGGUUUGGCAAUGAUAGAAGCUAUUACUCUUUAAGAGAUACUUGGAGAGACGAUUGAUUGUUUUCUAUUUGUAAGAUUUUUGGUCGCACAGGAGACAUUUAAUUUUUGUAAUCAACAACAAAAUGAUCCAAGGAUCAUGUUUAUAUUACAAAGGAUAGUAUGUUCAGGGAAGCUUAUUACAAUGAUAAUCAGUACAGAUAGUGCCUUAAAACAAAAAAAAAAAGUGGAAAAACAGAGCUUUUGGCAGAAGACAACACAUAAAAAACAACUCCAAAGAGUUGUAAAUGGCGACUAAGAAGUUACACCGCCAUUGCCAAAAGCUCUACACGAGGAAA